AUGUCAGGAUGCAGACCUCUCCUGCUGAUGCUGUUCAUGAGACACACGACCCGCUACCCGAACGCCAAGGACAUGAAGAAGUUCAAGGACAGGAUCCCCACACUUCGAGAUCAGAUGCUGGAAGCGGAAAGAAACAAUUGCUCCAUGUUGUGCAAGACGCACCUGCGCCAGCUGAGAGACUGGCAGUUCGAGUGGAGCAUCAAGGACGAGAACGCGGUCACGCUGUCCGGAGUGAGGGACACCAAACUCAUAGGCAAGUGCUCUGCCUACGUGAAGACCCACCCAAUCUACCAAGCACUUGCAUGCGAAGAAUAUAGCGCACCAAAAGACUGCCCGUCAGACUUCAGAAAAGUCGACUUGUCCGGCGUUAACGACAAGUUGCUCGACUUUCCCAACCUUUGUGAAGAACUGCUCAAGGAAAAGGGUAUGAGCAAUCAAAAGGUUGAAGAAGAAGAAAUAUUUUUUGACGGCUCUUACGUGAAGAAUAUGGUGAGGUCCUUGUCUGAAAGGACUGGCGUUGAUUUGGACAUCAAGGACAUCGAGUUGAUGGCGAAGAUGUGCGCCUUCGAGGUGGCCAUCAACGGCAGCUCGCCCUUCUGUAACCUGUUCCGGAAGGAAGACCUCCAGCUCUUGGAGUACGCCGGUGACCUGGACGACUACUACAAGGACGGCUACGGCCAGGAGAGGAACUCUGCGCAGGCAUGUGGAGUCAUCAGAGAAUUUGUCAGCAGGAUCAGGGAACGUGUCGGCACGACGACCUGUUACCGCUGUCGAAGGCGUCGCCACGGCCUGAGGGCGUCGCUCUACUUCUCUCAUGCGGAAGCCCUCAAGAAGCUGAUGACCCGCCUCGGAAUCCACAAGGACCACGAACCGCUCACGGCCGACGCCUACUGCGACGUCAGGGAGAAGCGCAAGUGGAGGUCUUCUUACUACUCACCCUUCACCGGCAACCUAGGCAUAGUCCUGUUCGGAUGCAAAGGAAGGCACCCUUACAAGGUCGUCGCCUUCCUCAACGAAAAAGUGGUCAGGAUCGACGGAUGUCCGCACGACUUCUGCCCUCUUACGGACUUUUUGAACACGACCGCUGUGGUCAGGUCCAGACGCUGCGACCACAGGAAGAUCUGCGACCCCGACUGGGACCCGUCAAGCUAUUUCGACUCCGAUGCUGAAUAGUCGAUAACGGCUGUCACAAAAUAGAGGGCGACGCUUGAAACAAAAGUAUGGUGCCUGAAAAGCGUCUACGAUGGUGUUUUUUUAAAUUUUUUAUUGAUGAUGAUAAUGAUGAUUAGGAGUUUAUUGGCGCAGCAGCAUGAUUUUUUAUUGAUUACGUCACACUUGCGACAUGCCGUAAAGUAACAAAUGCUACUCUAUCAUAGCUAAAUAGCUUUCCGCGAUCAUGGCGGUGGCACACUGUUCGCUCGUCUUUUUGCCAUCACCUUUACAACCAACCACCAGUAUGGCGACAUUCGACAACAUGACCCGCAGGUUGUUGUGGCAUUUUGUAGCCACGCUGGGACCAUUUUUUAUCAUAGGUGGUUAAACGCGCCAGUCAGACUCGAUCCAGGUACCAUGCCAGAAGCAAGCAGGACGGAACAAGGUGUCCAAAUGAGCUGACUGCUAGCCAACAUUUCCUGGAGCACGGUGCCCCGGACCCUAACACCGUAGCGUCACACCAAGAUAUCAAACGCGAUUGGCUAAAGAGAACGAUGAGGCAGGCUCUAUGACCAAUAAGCGUCGGGUCAUUUGGGCCUUCGGUUAAUCCUUAUUUAGAGUUAAUUGGAGUGACAUACGACGUCAUGGCAUUGCGCUUGAGGCACCCUUCCAGAAGACAGUGGUGUAGCAGACCAGCGGCAAACGAAUAAA